AUGAUGCAUCCGUUUAGUACAGCAAACAGAAAUUGUGAUUUGGAUCCUGAAAUUGUCAAUGGAUUGAAAGAGAUGUUGGACGAGUAUAAUCCACUUGCAAAGGCAUUUCGAAUGGCAAGGGACAGGUUUCAGGAAUCCAAUUACAUGUCAGUUCGUUUGAGAUUGAUUGGUACUCGAUCUCGAGAUGGAAGACAAUACAACUUACCAACAUCAUCAGAGGUAGCUGCACUUAUAGUCGGUGAUAGAGAGCAGGCAAGGGGAAAUCGAGAUAUUAUUGUUGAGGAAAAAACUAUGGGGUUAAAAAGAAUCACCGAAUUGCAUCCAAGUUUUAUGGCGAUGCAAUAUCCAAUCAUAUUUUCUUACGGUGAAGAUGGUUUUAGGGUGAACAUACCGAGAAAUGUGUCUCCAAAUCCAAGAAAGAGUAACGGUAAAAGAAAGUUUAUCAGCAUGCGGGAAUUCUAUGCUUUCAGAAUACAAAAUAGACUCAAUGAAACGAAAACAUUGGUCAGUGCAGGUAAUUUAUUUCAGCAGUAUAUUGUUGAUGCUUUUGCUGCAAUUGAGGAAAAUAAUUUGAAUUGGAUUCGUGCCAAUCAGCAAAAGAUUAGAGCAGAAUUAUACAAAGGUUUGCAAGAUAAUGUGGUACGAGGUGAUACGACACCUGCAUCGGCAGGAAAACGGUUGGUUUUGCCUUCAACUUUUACCGGUGGACCAAGAUAUAUGGUUCAAAAUUAUCAAGAUGCAAUGGCAAUAUGUAGAUUCAUGGGUCCUCCUGAUCUUUUCAUUACUUUCACAUGCAAUUCUAAUUGGCCAGAAAUCAGCAAGGAUGAUAAGUGCACUACACCAAGAGAUGUUGAUCGAAUCAUUUCAGCCGAACUGCCAGAUAAGAAUACUGAUCCAAUAGCUUAUGAAGCAGUUUUACAAUUUAUGACACACAGACCAUGUGGACCAGCUAAUACAAGGUCACCGUGUAUGAAAAAUGGAAAGUACAGUAAACAUUAUCCCAAAUAUUUUCAGACCGAAACAAUAAUUGAUGAAAAAGGUUUUCCAGUAUACAGGAGAAGGGACAAUAGACGAGAAGGUAUUAAAGCUGGUGUGAAAAUUGAUAAUCGAUGGAUCGUUCCUCAUAAUGUUGAUUUGGUUGUCAAAUAUUGGGGACAUGUUUGUGUUGAAUUGUGCAAUCAAAGCAGGUCUAUAAAAUAUUUAUUCAAAUAUGUGAAUAAAAGAUAUGAUAGAGCCACUUUUGUCAUUGAGGAAAAUGAUGCAACUGAUGGACAGAGUGGAACACGAGUUGUUCGUGAAGUGGAUGAGAUAAAAAGAUAUCUAGAUUGCCGAUAUAUAUCAGCAUCAGAGGCUUGCUGGAGAAUAUUUGAUUUUGACAUCCAAUAUCGAAGUAUUGCCGUUCAAAGAUUAAAUUUUCAUCUUCCAAAUGAACAGCCAGUGCUAUUUGGUGAUAAUGAUCCUUUGGAUGAAGUAUUAAACAGAGCAGAAGAACAUAGUACAAUGGUCAUUGAAUGGAUGAAAACGAAUUCCAUAGAUACAUCUGCUCAACAGUUGACUUAUGCAGAUUUUCCUACACAAUGGACAUGGAAAAAGAAGCUGAGAAAAUGGGUUAAACGAAAGUCUGGUCGAUCAAUAGGUAGAAUUUUUUAUGCUCAUCCUUCAACUGGAGAAAGAUUCUACUUACGCAUGUUAUUGAACAUUGUCAAAGGUCCAAGGUCAUUUGAGGAGAUUAGGACAAUUAACGGAGUCGUGCAUCCAACGUUUAAAGCAGCAUGUCAAGCGUUAGGAUUAUUGGGUGGUGAUGAAGAAUGGCAUAAUGCUAUAAGAGAAGCAGCAAAUUGGCAAACAGGUCAGCAAUUACGUGAAUUAUUUGUGAUCAUUGAUUCCCAAAUAAAGAAUUAUGCAUUUUAUGAAAUUGAAAAAAUUCUCAAUCGAAAUAGUAGAAGUUUGAAAGAAUUUCCUGGAAUCCCAUUUCCUGAUAUGCUAUUGGAUAAUGAUAAUCGAAAUCGGUUUAUUAUUGAGGAAUUGAAUUAUAACAGGGAAAUUCUUGCACAAGAACACUUUCAACUACGAAGUGGGUUGAAUGAGCAACAGCUACAAGUGUAUAAUGCAGUCAUUCAUGCUGUUGAUUAUGGUUUCGGUGGUCUCUUUUUUGUUUAUGGUAGUGGAGGAACAGGAAAGACUUAUUUGUGGAGAACUAUAAUUGCUCGAUUACGUUCACAAGGAAAAAUAGUUUUGGUGGUAGCAUCUUCUGGUAUAGCUUCUCUAUUGCUGCCUGGUGGAAGGAUAGCUCACUCGAGAUUUAAAAUUCCUAUAAUUAUAGAUGGUGAUUCUACUUGCGCAAUAUCACAGGGAUCACAAUUGGCUGAGUUAAUUUGCAAGGCAUCAUUGAUUAUUUGGGAUGAAGCUGUAAUGUUACAUCGAAAUAUUUUUGAAGCGGUUGAUAGAACAUUUAGGGAUAUCUUACGCUUUCGUGAUCCUGACUCUGAGCACAAAGUUUUUGGUGUCAAAACUAUGUUACUUGGUGGUGAUUUCAGGCAAAUUCUUCCUGUCGUACCCAAAGGGGGUAGAACUGAAAUUGUUGCUUCAUCAAUUAAUCGUUCUUCUUUGCUUUGGGGUCAUUGUCAUUUAUAUCUAUUAUCUUUGAAUAUGCGUAUAUGA